CAGUAGUAUAGAUUAAUGACUGAAUAAAAAGUAAUUUCUAUCUUUGAUUUUGGAAAAACCAGGAAUAAAUUUUGGUAAACAUGUGAUAAGUCUGUUUUGGACGUAACCAAUUUCAUAAAAUAUAAAAGUCUCAAACAUUUUUAGUCGAAUAAGAAUUUUUGACUGCAGGGAAAGUUGGUGUCAAACCUAUCUUCAUAGUAUUAGGAUUAGAAUACAUUUACAAAGUAACUGUAGAUAAAUUAAAAUGUGCCCCUCUCCUGACAACUCAUUUGACUUACAUUGAACCAGGUGCUGAUCAUUUAGUUUAAUUGAAUUCUGAUGAAGAGUAGUAUGGAUUCCGAUUAUAAUACUAAACUAAAGUCUUAGAGAUCUUUCUAUCUGACAAAUCUAUUUAUGAUUAAUGGAGAAUUCAUUUUAGGAAGCUUUGUCUUCUAGAGAAUUUCCAUGAAGCUUUUAUAGUUUCAAAAUUAAUUGGAAAAGGAAGUUUUGCAAAAGUUUAUCUAGCUACUAAAAAGGAGAAUAAUACAUAAUAUGCUAUCAAGGCUUUUAGCAAAUCUUUCAUGUAACAACAGCAUAAAGGAAUUGAGAGUCUUUUGAAUGAAAUGAAAGUAAUGAGAAAAUUAAAUCAUCCAAACAUUUUAAAAUUACAUGAAGUACAUGAAACAGCCAAUUCUGUCUAUUUUGUUGUUGAUAUUGUGGCAGGAGGAGAACUUCUAUAAAGAGUAAGAGAAACAGGUAUUAUCAUUCUUAAUUUAUAGGUUUUUUACCUGCUGAAACAUUAUAAAGAUUGGCAUUUAAUUUACUAUCUGCUUUAAAUCAUUUGCAUUAAUUUAGUAUUGCUCAUAGAGAUCUCAAACCUGAAAAUCUACUUCUUAAAUCUUUUGAAAAUAACUAUGAAAUUAUAUUAGCUGAUUUUGGAUUGGCAGCAUACUUAUAAGAUGAUAACAUUUUAUUUAAAAGAUGUGGUACUCCUGGAUUUGUUGCUCCAGAAAUUUUGGAAUAUAUUGAUGGCUAAUAAUUUUAUGAUGAGAAAUGUGAUGUUUUUAGUGCUGGAAUCAUUCUGUAUCUAUUAAUUGUAUUUUUUAAUCUCAUUCUAAAUCUAGACUGGAGGCCAACCAUUCACAGGAAAAGAUUAAAAAGCAAUACUUAAAGCAAAUAAGGAUUGUAUUAUUGAUUUUGAUGAUUCCUUAUUUAAAUCAGCUCCUAUUUAGAUGUAGGAUUUAAUUAGAUCUAUGUUAUUAAAAAAAGCUCAGGAUAGAUUAAGUUCAAGUGAGGUAUUUAUUUAAUUUUAUAUAAUAGUGCUUAAGACAUCCUUAUUUUAAAGAAUUAGCAAAAGAACAUCAAAUCAAGUUGGAAAAAUAUUAAAAUAAUUUAAAUGACUAUAAUUAAUAAUACAAGAACAAUGUAAGAAUGGGAUCAAUAGAUUUAAAUUUAGAAUAGAGAUAAACAGCUUUUACAGGAAAUUUAAAUUCUAUUGAAUCUAUUUCAUGUGCUUCCAAUAAUUCAUUUGCAAAAAUUGAAAUGAAAGCACCUUCUGUUGUUGGAGCUUCAAAAUUCAGUUAAUAUAGUUCUAAACUUAAUAGACUUGGAUCUAGAGAUAUUUCUGGUAAUUAUUUAAAUUAUUUCUAGAUAUCCCAACAACUUAAUUGUAAAAAACUGAAUCAAAGAAACAUAUUGAUUUACACAGAAUUGCUAUUUAAAAUUCUCAUAGAAAAUAAAUUUAAGAUUAAUUUGAGGAUUAGCCAAUACUAGCAGAAGGGUCAGAAGUUAAUUAGAUGGCAAGAUUAUGCAAUUCAACAAGAUAAAUUAGAAUACCUGAAAAUUUACCAACUAUAUCCUAAUCUAGUAAAUAAGCAUCUACACCUACUAACAGAAACAAAAAGAUUACUUGA